AAACAUUUCAACAGUUAUUAUUCAAUAAAUUUUAUUAAAAAUAAAGAUAUGCUUUUCAUUUGAUAAUCUGUAAAAAACUUUGGCACGCAUAAAAACACUCAAAAUGAUAUUGACAUUAUAUUAUAUGGCAGCCACCUGUAUGCAAUGGUAUCGUUUGGAACGAAUGCGUAAUAAAUUAUGUCAAUAUUUAGCAAUAUGUAAUGUUCCAACACAUGAAACAUUUUUUAAAGAAGCACCAAGUUGUAGUAAAACAUCAACAGAUAUUGUAUCAACUGCGCCGCCUAUCACAAAAGGAAUUGUACUUUAUCGUGGUACUUAUGAUAGUGCGUUCACGGAUAAUCAAAAAUUAGGUGACCUUUUAUGUUACGAAGGUGAUUCUAAAUGUUGUACAGUUGUUCCAGAGAAACGUAUUGAUUUAUCAGUUUGGAUUGGUUUUACAAAGGGAUAUUCAACAUUUCCGUUUGAAAUAAUUGAAGACGACUUUCCAAAUGCAGACAGUAUUAAAAAUAUAAAUAUACUCUUACACGCUUCGCUCGAGCCAUCGUCGAAUAUUGAUGAAAUUCAUUCCAUUAGGAUUGAACAUUUUGGAAUACCAAUUGCAUGGAAAGUUGAUUCGAUAAUGGCAUUAAUCAUACGAACCGAUAUGCAAUUAUUUACAAGUUUAUCCGCUGCGUUUAUGUCAAAAACAAUUGCAAUCAAUAAUCAUUUACAAUUAUUACGCAUCGAAACUGUGUCUUUAUCGGGAAAAGUUUACGAAUGCCGUCCAAAAGAUGUUACAUUAGGAAUGGAAUGGAUUCAAAAAUUAAUUCCUAAACAAUGGAAUACACAUGUUAUGCAGUUAAAAAAUUUAUGUUCGCAUGUAAAAUAUAAGCAACGUGACGAUUUAUUACGGCACCAUAAAAAAUUAUUACCACAUAAAAGAACAGAUAAGCAUACAGAUCGUAGUAAAAGUUCAAAAAAAGAUUCAUCAAAAACAUCAAAUAUACCUUCAACCGCCACUCAUACUAGUAAAGAAAUUGAAACUGAAAUCAUUCAUAAUGUGGCACCAUUAACAUCAACUGGAUCCAUAAUAUCAUCUGAAAUGAAUUCAUUCGAAACUACAACACCUACUGUUAAAACGUCAGACGAAACCGUUGAAUCUGAUACAAAAAUAUUGAAUAAUACACAAACACAAUCUUCAGCCGAGUACGAUGAGAAACCAACAAAAUUAACUAAACAAAAAUCAUCCGAUUUAAUCAUAACAGAAAGUCGUAAUCCAAGUACAAACAACACGAAUUUAUCCUUGUUUCGUAAAUGUCAAAAUAAAGUAUCUGAAAAAUUACCCGAAAAAUCAUCGAAAAAGACAUCUGUUGCGGGUGCAUUAAAAAAACGAUUCAAAGAAAAAAAAUCUGAAGCUGUUGAAGAUGUUAAAGAUAAAGUCAAUGUUAUUGAAAAUCCAUUAGAAAAUUUAUCAAUUCAAACAAGUGAAUCAAAAUCUACACCAAUGAUAAAUAGUACGAAAAUCGAUUAUCCGAUAUUAAAUGGUAAUGGUGUUUCAAAAUCGGAAUCGGAUAUACCCGGUGAUCAAACGAAAACAUUCCAAUCAGAUAUUCCAAAACAUAGUGAACCGAUUAAAAACUGUAGCAGUAAAUCGAUAGAUUCAUCCUCAGUAAAACCGCCAAAUGUUUUAAUUUAUGCUGAAAGUGCCGUAGAACGCGAGAGUGUUACGAAAUUAAUGACAACUGUGCUGCAUAAAGAAAAAUAUAGUGUAUAUAGUUUAAGUCCAAGUAAUGUAUGGUGGGGCUCAAAAGCUACAUUAUUAGUAGUUUGUGGAGCGGUUGCCAACCGAUUGGGAUCACAGAUGUUGGAUUAUUUACUGUCUGGUGGUCGAAUACUUUGUUUAUGUUCUGAUUUUAUUAAUACUGUUCUUCCAACAUUUACUACAGCUGAGGUACGAGAAAGGGAAUUAGUUCGUUUUUCCUAUGAUCGCUGGCAUCGUGUACGAAUGAUACAUCAUAUUUUCUGCUAUCAACCUUCACCUGGAAGGAAGUUGUUUUCAAAAGACAGCAGUGAAGAGGUUUCGCCAAAUAGCAAUAGAUGUCCAACACCAUCGAUAAUCGAGGUAAAAAAUAGUUCAAAUGAAAGUCAUAAAUUGGAAGUAAAAGUUUUAGGUGCAGAAGACACAUGGCACACACCUAGUUUAAUUUUAGCAACCGAUCCUAAAUCUGGUGGUAUUGCCGUAUUUUCACAAGUUCAUUUAGAACUUGAACCGUCCCAAUAUGAAUCUGAUGAAAAAAUAUAUCCAGCUUUAACGGAAAGUGAUGUUGCUAGAUUAGAUAUAAUUCGGCAUAUUUUAGAAAAACAUCUUGGCUUAGAUUGUCCAACAAUUGAGGAUACAUCGCCAAUAUAUAAACCAGCAUACUUUUUAGGAAGUCAUGAGUUGAAAUUAGCAAUGCUGUCACGGUUGGCUUCUGGUAUUACCGAUAAUAUUUAUAAAACUGCUAAUCUAAAAUUACAAUUUUGUGGUAAAGGCGUUGAACCAAAUGUAGCAAGUUCAACAUUCUUACCAAUUUUAGUACAUUCCUGUCCAGAAACAUUUUCUACAUUAAAAUAUUUUGAGAAUUUAGAAACCAGUAAAAUCGGACGUCUUGUUUUAUAUUGUGAAAUUAUAGAUAGUACAAUGAAUGUAUUUUCCGGUGUAAAAUUAGAACAUGGAAUGGCAGUUGUUGCUAGAAGGCAGGUUAACGGACAAGGUCGUAGUGGUAAUAAUUGGUUAAGCCCCGAUGGUUGUGCUAUGUUUUCGUUACAAUUACAUAUUCCAAUGCAAAGUAUUUUAGGACAACGAGCUCCAUUAGUACAAAUUUUAAGUUCUGUUGUAAUUGUGAAUGCUUUAAAAUCUAUUCCUGGAUAUGAAAGUUUAGAUUUAAAUUUAAAAUGGCCAAAUGAUAUUUUUGCUAAUAAAUCAAUAAAAAUCGGUGGUGUCAUUGUUACUAGUGUAGCAAAUACUUCAACUAUUGUUUGUAAUAUUGGUAUUGGUGUAAAUUUAAAUAAUGCAUAUCCCACAAUUUCCAUAAAUCAAUUAAUAAGAUCCUACAAUGAAAAUAAUGGUGGUAAAUUACCUGAAUUAGAUUUAGAAGUUUUUCUUGCACAUAUCUUCAACGAAUUUGAAAGACUUUAUGAUUUAUCAAUGACACCUAGCGGUAUUGCUCAUUUAUAUGAAUUAUAUUAUAGUUAUUGGUUACAUGAAAAUGCUGAAGUUACAGUUUUAUCAGAAUCAGGCCAAUCUCGGGCAGCAAAAGUAAUUGGUAUUGAUAAUUACGGAUACAUAGAAGUAUCAUCGAAUGGAGAAAUAUUUAGUGUUCAUCCUGAUGGAAACAGUUUUGAUAUGUUAGUUGGUUUAAUUGCACCGAAAUUAAAAUAAAAUUAAUAAUUAAUAUUUGUUACAAAUUUAAAUACCAAAAAUUCAUAACGGAAUCUCGUAUAAAGCGUAUCAAAAUAAAUUUAA